UUUUAGCCUAAAACUUUUAGGUUAUGUUCACUUAACCUUAAACGGAUUCGAUAACAUUUUUAAUGAUUUAAAAUGAAUUCUUUAACACAACUAUUAAGAAACAGCCUUAUUCAGUACAAACCCAACUCUUCAAUAAUAAAAAAUGCAAAAAAAUGGCAAAAUUUGCCCAAAUUUUAUUCAACAGAAGCAUUACAACAGCAAAGUGAACCAGAUAAGUUAUAUAAGUUUGUGGAAUUGGAAUUAAAAGGGCACGAUCCUGCUGUACUUAAAAGUUAUGCUAAAUUUGCUAUUACGGCUGGAAAUCAUUUGGAUGUCAACUCAAUAUCGUGGAAUCUACGCAAACCUGUUCAUGAAAGGCACACAGUGCUUAAAUCAGUUCACAUUUAUAAGAAACAUAGGGUGCAGUACGAAAUAAGAACAUAUUUCACAUUUGUGCAGUAUAAAGAGUUAACUGGGUCCACGGCUGACACAUUGUUGGAGUAUGUGCAAAGAAAUUUGCCUGAAGGAGUUGGCAUGAAGUCUACAAAGGUGGAACUACAGAGCUUGCCGCCAUUUAUAACAGAGGAAGAAAGCACAAAAAGUGAUAGUUAAUGUUUGUAAAUAAAGUAAUUUAGUUAUUUAAUAAAAA